GUCUUGCCCUCUUAUCAUUAUUUCAUACAACAAUCCAUUUUCGUCCCUAUAAUAAUAUCACAACAACCUGCAACUUUCUUUCUCUAAAAAAUAUGGCAGAAACAAUUGUCUCUGUUAUUGCUGGGGAACUCUUGAGUAAGGUGAUGUCCCUUACUUCCAAUGAAGUCUCCUUGGGAUGGGGUGUCAAGAAUGAUGUACAAGAGCUUGCUGGCACCUUAACCACCAUCAAAACUGUUCUCUUAGAUGCUGAAGAGAAACAAACCCAAAAUAAGAAGCUGAGAGUUUGGCUGGAAAAGCUUAAGGAGGUUUGCUAUGAUGUUGAAGAUGUUUUGGAUGAAAUUGAGGUGAAAGAUUUGUGUAAGCAAGUGAUGAAUGGUCAAAGCAUUUCAAGAAAGCAAAUUAGAAUAUUUGUGUGAAGAUAUUGGUCGCUUGAGAGUCAUUCGAAGACUAUACAUUUUCGAUUGUCCAAGUCUCAUCUCAUUACCACGUGGUGUAAGAAGCCUAAGCUCAUUAGAAGAACUUCGUUUGAAAAAUUGUGUAAGGCUUAAUCUUGAUUUGAGCAUAGGAUCAGAUGAGCAACACAAUCAUGAAGAACUCAAUAGCACACGACCUCCCCUUCGAUUGCUUCUAAUUAAUAAUUUACCACAAUUGGUGAAAUUGCCGCAAUGGCUACUUUGCUGUUCGGCAGAAACUCUGCAAACCUUGCGUAUUAAAAAUUGUACCAAGUUGAAGGCACUACCAGAGUCAAUGCAAAAACUUCAAGCUCUUCGGGUUUGGAAUUGUCCUGAAUUGUCAUCUCUACCCAAGGAUAUCAAUCAUCUCAUCGCUUUGAGAGAACU